AUGUCGUUCCUCAAAAAGGCACAACAGCAUGUUGCGCACACCUCCAAACUUCCAGCGCUUGGAAACCAGGACCUCAGACAGCUUCAAGAUGUGAUUACCUCGGAAAAGAGCUUCAUCCAGUCCAACACAAAAACCGCAGCCGAUUUCAAAAAGAAUGCAGAAGCCAUCAAGGCGUGGUCGGCAGAAGAAGGUGCCGAUCUUAACGACGUCGUAGGAAAGGUCUCUCUGCUUUACGACCACUACGCUGCUUCGCAAAACCGUCUGAAUGCGCAUCUUGGCACCGUUCGUCUACAUUUCAAGUCGAUCCGUACUCGAGAAGAGGCGCUCGCCGAUCUCAAGAGUCGCAAACGCUCGCUCGGCUCCGACAUUGAGAAGGUCGAACGCAAAUUGGCAAAAAUGGGUCCAGAGAAUAAAGAAUUGAUGAAAGUCACUGCUCAGCUCAAGGAGAUGCGCGGCGAGAUGGAAGCCCUACACGUUGAAGUCAUCAACGAGAACGCUGCCAUCGGCGACUUCAAGAGACGCACAGUCAAAGAGGCGCUCGGAAUCAAGUCUGGCGCACUGCUCGAGAUGGCCGAAAAAAUCACCAUCCUUGCUGAAAUCUCCAAGCUCAUGCUCGAAGAAGUGCCUUUGCAGCCCACUCGACCCGGCAUGCCUCGCGCAGAAUACCACAGCUUUGCCAAGACCGAAUCGCUGCUCCAGCAAGCAACUCGUGCCAUCGCAGACGUCGGUUUCAAUCCCAUUGGUCCAUCCUCAGGCAUCCCUCGCUUUGGUGACAUGACGCUGGCAGACACUACCGCAGACGUCUCGCGAGAUCUGAGCCACUCGUACGCGAAUCCAGAUGGCGACGUCUAUCUUGAUUCCGCCGCACAUGGCCCUGUUGGUGAUGUGGAUCCGGACACCGGCUACAAUCCUUCUGCAAACCGCAUGUCCAGCCACGACCAGGACACUGCACACACUCCCAUCUACGCCCAACACGCUUCUCGAUCGCAGUGGGCGCACGAUAGCGCCGAUGCCGACGGUAGUGCCGAACAUCCCAUCCCCGACGCGUCCACCACCGAAUGGGCGCAGUCGAGCUUCGACCGUGGUGACGCCUCAACAGCUUCGGCUGCGGCCGCUGCGGCUAUGGCGGCUACUGCGGGUGCUGAUCUGAACGCUGUUCCCGGUCAUGGUGAUCCCAACCAGUUCGAUGCAGGGUUCCUCAUGCAGAACAGUCAAUCUCACUCGGGCUCCACUGGUGGUCUUGCUUCGGCUGCUGGUCAGAACCAGUACGGCUCCAACAGGAACAGCACCAGCUACCAGAGUGCCCAGGGGGGCCAUGGCACCACCGAAGCACCACUGGCUGAUCGCGUCGCUUCCACGGAAGGUGGUCAUCUGACUGACGCUGCUUACGAUGGCUAUACCGCCACCAGUGCAGCGCAAAAUCACGGCGACACGUCCAACGGUGCCGGCAGCACGCUGGGUGCACCCAUGCUGCCGCCUCUGCGCACCGCGACUCCGCUGAAUGGCUCGACAAGCGCAGCGCAGGCCACGGUGGCAUCGCCGACCUCGUACGCCGGCAACAAUGCGACCGAUGAUUCGGCAUAUUUCCAGUCGAUCGGGAGCACGCGUGCGAUGCAGGAGGCAGUGCGACGGCCCACGUCGCCACCUCAGGGUGCGAACCGCGUGUCGUCGUAUGGAGGGCUUGGAGCUGGAGUUUCGGCGCAGCCAGCGGGCGCGGGAGCGGGAGCGGGAGCAGGAGCAGGCGAGGGCAAGAAAGUGACGGCGGCUGCUUUCCGUCGCGGUUUCUCGCGCAACGCAUCGAGCCAGGUCAACCUGUCGACACCUGCAGCAUCGAGCACGAGCACGGCUAACUCGAUGCCCGACGACGUGCAAGCGCAACAGCCAUGGUCAUCGUCGGCGACGUCUGCCAACCCGCUUCCUCAACCGCCGAACUUGCACUCGAACAUGACCACACCCUUACCGCCCGGAGCGUACCUGUCAUCGACCACGCCGGACGGCUCAGAGCAUAGCGUGCCACCGCUACACAUUCAAAAGCGGCACUCGAACUCACACAACGCGCUCGGCGCUGCCGCUGCCGCAGGCACGCCCACUAACAUGCAGGGCAGAAGGUACAGCAAUGAGCUCUAUGUAAGCGGAAGUGAGCAUCCGGCGCCACCGUACGCUGGAGAUUCACACCCGCACCCGCACCCGCACCCGCACUCGCACACCCCCACCCCCAACUCGCACUAUGCUGAAUACGCAGCACCCCCUCCCCCCGGCUAUGGCUACGCGUAA